AUGAUUCUUCAGGUGGAUCUCAAAAUUCCACCAUCAAAAAUGUUGUUGGCAACGCUGCCCACUGGUACCUACCUUGUCCAGAGUGUGAAUGCAACAGUGCCAAAGGCAAGAUGCCACAAUAUCAUCAACUUCUGCCAACAAGACUGGGUUGCCUUCCCAUCAGUGACAUGCAUCAUUGUGAUGCCAGUUCCUGCAGAAUGUCACACCAUCACUGUUGGGAAGAAAAGCACACCAAAGGUAUUCAUCUAUGAGUAUCAAGGGAAACCAAGCAGUCAUGACAUGUUUUGGAAUCCUCUCCAGUGUGACUUGGAGUCAGUGGCAUUCCCUCCACUGGAAAAUGGCUCUGCAGCCACAAAUGUGCUCAUUGGACAUGUCCCAAGUAUGCUGCCCUUGUCUUUGCUGCCUGAAGUGUGCAAGCUGGGUAGUUCAUUUGCAGCAGAUACCCUUGUCCCCCUUUUUGGCUUGUCUGGGGACGAUGCGAUGUGCUUCAUACCAGGUCCCUUCUGUCUGACCAUCACAGCAACUGAUGCAGUUAGCAGUCCUUGGCCUGGCAAUGUGGGAGUUGUGAUGUCACAGUGCUAG